GUGAGUCGCUGUCCUGUGGAUUCAAAAUGUGUCGAUUCCAGCAUGUGCCUGUGGAGGGGGAUGAGAAGUUCUGCAUUGAAAGAGUGUCACAAUUCAUCAAAAAUCCAAUGUGUCUCCAAAAAGCAGGAGCUGUGUUUAUAGGCUACUACCAGAACAACCCACCUGGACUGUAUUUCUCUGUGCCGGUGUUCACGUCGCUCCUCUGGGCUCUGCUCAAAGCCAACAUGCUGUCCGAUGUCCUCUCAGUCCUCGGUGUCAGCUUGGCCUACAAGAUCGUGCCCGACCAUGAGUUCCUGUUGGCCCUCUUCAAGGUUGUGAGAGAGAAGGGCCUCAUGGGUUUCAUACAUGAACUCAUGCAGCUCACACUCAAGAUGGCCAAUGAGGGUCUUGUGUUGAGUUUGGAUUGGCUUGAAUGUGUAAAAAACUCCCCUGAGCUCCAGCAUCUGCUCCGUCCAAACUCUCCUACUUCAGUGUCUGCUAACCAUGAUGCUCCCUUUCCAGAGUGCCUGAAGUUGGCUCACUCUAUUGUGGAAAUAGAGCUUUGUACCAAGCAAGAGGACUGGAGGUGGAUGGGAAAGGUUUUCACUUACAUCUGUCAGUCCAGCACUCAUCCCAAUAAUGUGGAACAGAUCUGCGGUCGCAUCGCUAUCGCGCUUCUGUCCGAGAGCAAGGGCAAACUGUCUCUGCCCUUUGCUGCCUUUGCUGAGACGGUGUGUCAGAGUGAAGGCAAAGAACCGAUGAUCAAGAGCUUUUUAGGCAGAAUUGGUGUCUCGCUCAUGUUGAGAUACCACAAAACACAUCAGUGGGCCAAGGGACAGAGGGUAGUGGAGGUGCUGUGCCUUUCAAAAAUCAGCUUCUCCACUCUGAAGGGCCUGUUUGGGAAUGAGGAUGGAGCGUCACGCUGCUCCCUGGUCACCGUGGCUACUGAACUCUUCCUGCUCAGCGGUAGUGUGGAGGGAGCUCUGAACACACUCCGAGAAAACCAGUGGUUCCUGAGUUCUCACUCGUGGCCGUGUGAGCCCGCAGAUCUGGACAACAGGAGUCACGUGUUGAUGCGUCUGGCUGAGAAAACCUCUCACAGGGACACGCUGGAGGUUCUCUCUAAUCUCCCUGGAAUCAAAGAGCCGAGCGACAUGAUCAACGUCUCCAGACACAGUCCUGUGUUCAACUCUCACCUCCAAGUGUGUGUGGACAGACAGAUCCUCCCCGUGGCCUCAGACACUGUGGACUUCAUGUUCUCUAAGAACUUGGCCGUGGACCAGUCUGUACUCCACAUACUGUUGCACAAGCUGGGCAAACAAAACCUGUGGCUGCGCGCGCGGGAAGUCUUUAGACACUCUCUGAGUGUAGGUUACUACAAUGGCGUGUCGGCUCCGUCUGGUUUCAUGACGCUGAUUGUGCCGUGUCGCUUGGGGGAGGUGGAGCUGGCUCUCACCUUUGAGAUGUUCAUCGCCGUCAACGCGACGGCCGUCCUCCAGCUCCCGGAGAACACCACCUCCUGCCUCAGCAUCAUUCUCAAGAGGACUCAAAGUGGCGAGAGCGAGUACCUGUCCGCCGGCAGCCGCCUCCUCUCGGCAGCUUGUAUCCCUCAGCCCAAACUUACCGUUCACUACACGGCAGUUAACUCCUCGCAGGAGCAGGUUUUCACACUGGACAUUUCCUCCGCUCGACGGUGGCUCCGUCACAACCAUUUAUGGGCCAGUGAAGUGUGGACUCAUUGACCCGCAAACACUUCUUUCCCUGGAACUCUACCUGCUUCUGCUCCGUAGACGUCUGACUCUACAAACCAAUGAAAUCUGGUAAACGAACAGCGUUUCUGUCGGCUGCUGUGUGUUCACACUCAUGUUCAUAAUCCACAAUUAAUCCACAAAGACUGAUGCCAGAACCUUUUUUUAUGUUCCGAUUUGUGUUAAAAUAUGUCUUUGUUGUUGUUCUUUCCUCGUUGAGUUCUUUUAGCUGAUGGGUCGCUCAUUGUUUGCAUGGCUGUCGUCGUGAGGACUGGACCUUGAUUGUAAAUAUGUUGCUAUUAUGUCAUAUAUAUUACCGAUUUGUCAUAAACGCCAUUGUUGUCAGUUCACACCUGUGAUUUUCUUUUGUACGACAUCGUUUUUAUAAGAAGUUGUUCUGGUCCAAACAGAUUUGACUCUUGUUUUUCUUGACAGAAGAUUUUUUAUUUUAGAGCGAAACGGCUGCUGUCAUCGUUGGUCUACAGUACUGUCUUCGCAGUGUUCAUCUUUCUUUCUGUGGCGAUCAUCUCGUCUCUAUAUUUGGUGGUUGCCACAGUUACUCACCUGGAGUCAUCAGCAGACUAUUCCUGUUGUCGUGGAGCGUGUUUCCACGUUACAUUUAUGUCGGAUCCAGUGGUGCCGUCUUCAGUCUUCGUUGCGUUGCAUUGGCAGUUAUUUAAGUCGAGUUCAAACUUUAUUUUGGCGUCUUUAAUCCAAAUGAUGGCAGCU